UGGUUGAGCCGUCCCCCUCACCCCUUAAGAUUGUCUAUGCAUCCCAAAACACCUCUAGUCUUCUUCACUCAGCAUCACCUCAGUUCAAUUGACCUAUUUCUCCUUCUUUUCCUUCAGAUAAAUUAAAGAGAAGAGGGGAAGCCAUGGUGAGCUCAUCAUCAAAGAAUAAAAUGAUGAUGAUGAUGAGCAGCUCCUCAAGACAUAAUGAAAAAGACCAACUUUUUCAUAUUCUUCAUAAAGUUCCUCAAGGUGAUACUCCUUAUGUUAAAGCCAAACAUGCUCAGCUGGUAGAAAAGGAUCCAGAAGCAGCAAUAGUACUAUUUUGGAAGGCAAUAAACGCCGGAGAUAGAGUAGAGAGCGCACUAAAAGACAUGGCGGUGGUGAUGAAGCAACUAAACCGAACUGAAGAAGCAAUUGAAGCCAUCAAGUCUUUCAGGGGCCGUUGCCCCAAACAAGCUCAGGAAUCACUUGACAAUGUUCUCAUUGACUUAUACAAGAAAUGUGGGAAAGUAGACGAGCAGAUUGAGUUAUUAAAACGAAAGCUAAGAUUAAUAUACCGAGGAGAGAUCUUUAAUGGAAAACCCACCAAGACUGCACGCUCCCAUGGCAAGAAGUUCCAAGUUUCAGUUCAGCAAGAAACUUCUAGGUUACUGGGAAAUUUGGGGUGGGCUUACAUGCAAAAAUCAAACUACUUGACAGCAGAGGUGGUGUAUCGAAAAGCCCAGAUGAUCGACCCAGAUGCCAACAAGGCCUGCAGCUUGGGAAUUUGCUUGAUCAAACAAGGCAGAUACUAUGAUGCACGGUUGGUGCUUGAAGAAAUAUCGCAACGGAAAAUCCCAGGUUCGGAAGAAAUUAGAGCCAGAAAUAGAGCUGCGGAAUUGUUAAUGGAAAUCAAUACCUUCGAGCCGCCACCAUCGGACGUAUCAGAUAUUCUGGGCCUUGAUGAUGAUUUCCUCAAUGGGCUUCAACUGUUGAUGAAUGAAUGGGGACCAGCUAGAUCAAAGAGACUACCUAUUUUUGAAGAGAUCUCCUCAUUUAGAGAUCAGUUGGCCUGUUAAUAUCAAUUAUAUUUGGUCUUUUGGUUGUUCAAAUGGGGUUGUUUUAUACUUAAUACAAUUGUGGUUGGAUUAGUCCUUUUAGAUGUGUAGGAAUAAGGUGUGCUGUAAAUAGUGAUGCCAUUUAUUUCUAGAACCUAUUUGCCUUUAAUAAUAGGCCCUUACAUCAAUAUUGUAAAA